AUGUCUGCAGCACCCAAGACCAUCCAGGAGGGCACCUACAAGAUCUGCUUCGACGAAGGCUGCCUUACUGCUCUGGGCCGUGACCAGCCUCUUCUCAUCAUGGGUAUCGGUCAGCACGAACAUCAGACUUGGGAGGUCAAGAAACACGGUCAGAACCAAAUUCUCGAUAUCAACGCUCCCGUCUUUGCCGGCGAGCACCCUUGUCCAUUCAAGGUCAUCUCCGUAGAGCGUAGCAAUCACUAUGUCCUGGUCGCCGUCGACGAAUCGGAUCACGAGUUCAUCAUGGCUCAGUCCUCAGCCGUCGUGUAUCCUCCUAGAGUUGCUAUGGCCCCUCGCAACGUGCCCUUCAUCUGGCGCUUCGAGCGAGCCUGA